AGAGAGAGAGAGAGAGAGAGAGAGAGAGAGAGAGAGAGAGAGAGAGAGAUGAAAAUGGCCACAACUCCCCCUACUAUCCAUGGAGAUGAAGACUUCAUAGACAUGGAAGUAACAUCUUCUCCUUCUUCUUCUUCUUCUACUUCUAAUGUCCUCUGUUACACCACAAACUCCCCCUCCAAAUCCACAGAAUUUGAGUUCCAAAAGUCUUCAACUCCCAAUGAGGCAAAACAACCAUCACCUUCUCCAGCCGAUGAGCUCUUCUACAAAGGCAAACUCCUCCCUCUCCACCUCCCUCCUCGCCUCCAAAUGGUCCAAAACCUCCUCAAAAACUCCGUCACCGCCGCCGCCACCACCAACAACACGCCACUAGAAUCAUGCAACAUCUCGCCGUCGGAAUCCUGCCGCGUGAGUUGCGAGCUGAACCCGGACGAGUACUUCUUCGAAUGGUCCACCGAAUGGACCGGAUUCAUCUCGGAAAACAACAUCCACAAGAAGUACUCUUGGUCCAAGAAGUUGAAGCUUGUCAAGCAAUCCAUACUUGCCCAAAAGCUCAAGGCUUCCAGAGCCUAUCUGAAGACUCUUUUCACCAAAUCUGCCUGUUCAAAUGACAUUCCAGAUGCCGGAAAUGAGCCAAAAGGCAAGGAGUGUUUGGGCAACAAGUACAUGAAAGUGGCGACGAAGAAGAACCCAUUUGGGCACAUAGGAAAAGGAGCUUACCCAACAAUAGCUGCUGUCAUAGCCGAGGAGAGUGCGAACAAUACCCACAGGAGGUCCUUCUCGGGGGCAAUCAAGAGGCAUUAUUCUGCGACAAAGUCUUCGUCUUCUUCUUCCUCGUCCAGUGCUUCUUCUCUGUCGUCAUCGUUUUCGAUCAAUUCGAAUGCCCUGUAUGAUUUGCAGUUGCUCAAGAGGAGUGCCAGUUCAAGUUCAGAGCUUGAGGAGGGUUCGAUUGAGGGUGCUAUUGCUCACUGUAAAAAGUCUCAGCAGAUGUUUAGUUCAAGUAAUAAGGCAUCAGGUGAUGUUGGGCUUUGUUCACUUUCUGCUUCAAGGGUUGCAGUUUCUGAAGAUAAAGAGAGAUGAGGUAUUUGUUCCGUUGAUGUUUUUGACAAAACAGAAGGGCAAAGGCGACUUAGCUAGAUAGAGAUGAGCCUAAUGUUUUCGAUGGUCUGUCACUUUCUUUUUUGUUUGAAUUGAUUGUCGCUUAAUCGUCUUGAAAAAAGUCUAGGAACACACCCUCCGGGUACAACUCCGGACACAACUGUGUUUGUAGUCGUUUGAUGUAUGUAAGCUCAUCUAUAACGAACGGCUCCGAAUGCAGUUGUGUCUGGAGUUGUGUUUAUAACAGCGAUGGUUUCAUGGAUUUACACAUGGAUGAUUCUACUGCGCGCACACAAUUAGACAUUUCACUGUCUAGAAAUACACAUCAAGAAGUUCCUCUCGCUCA